AUGAGUUACGAGGACAAUAUCCGCAAGGCUCUAGCUAGGGGCUUGUUCCAGAACAUCGCCAUCCACAGCGAAAAGUUCGAGCACACCUACAAAACGAUCAAUGACAACUUUCCCGCAUUGAUCGAAGCCGAAAGCGCAAUCGCGAUGAUGCAACACAAGUGGAUAGUGUUCAAUAAGAUCACUCAUGUCGGCAAAUCGUUCAUCAACACCGCCACUGCGGUAGAGCCGGAGUGGAUUGUCGAUCUUCCUUAUUUCCAAGACGACAACCUCGCACAGAAGCGAAACGGUGGCCCGCGCCAACCCCUUGUCAAGGAGGCACUCGAUGCAGCUCGUGCUCGUGUACAGUCAUAA